AGAAGAAGAAGAAGAAGAAGAAGAAGAAGAAGAAGAAGAAUAGAAGAACUAGUCCCCAAUUGAUUAAUACAUUUCAUCAUGAUGAUUACUAUAGUGAUUAUUUCACUUCUGUUAUUUCAAUCAUUUCAAUCUACAGCAUCGAAUUCAAAUACAGAUACAACUGUCGCAACGCCUACUCCAUGGGAGAGAUUUAAAAACGGAUUCCAUGUACUUUUAGACUUAAUUUGUACAAUCAAUUCAUUCUGGCAAACUAUCAAAAAUAUCUUUGGAUAUAUAUUUUAAUGUAAAAUACCAUUUCAUUCAUAAUCAAAUAUGUAAAAGAAUUUUUUUCUUUAAAAAAAUCGAUUCUUUUUUUC